ACCCAGCCAGCACUUGCCUGUGGAGGUCAGCUGAAGACGACUCCACACAGCUAAGUCUGGAUUAGCACGCCGAACGAGUUUCAAUGCUCCUCCACGUUCUAAGAUGAAGUUAUGGAAAGGUGCUACUUUUGCCUUCAUGCUCUGUGGCGCAGCCCUGUCCAUCCUCCGCGUUAAAAACACGGCCACUAUCGGACAGUUCAAACCGAAGACAAAAUACCUGUACACAUCUUCAUCCUCAUCAAGACCGACGUCAUCUUCGCAAUCGACAUCCACGACCUCACCGCCAUCGCCGUCAUCAGCCGCAUCGACGGCGUUGUCCCGGCAGAUGGGUGCUCCUCAUCGGAGAAUCCGCUCAGCAGACGAGAUGAACUCUCUCCUCUCGGAGUUUUCCAUGAUGUUCCAGAGCUUCACAGAGGGCGAGCUUCAGCAUGUGGUCGAAACCUUGCUCGACAGGAAGAGAAGGAAGAGCCUGGGUGAGAACCAGGCCCGAAGGACUAAGAGAGCCCGGAGGCCUAAGCCCUGCUCUUUGAGGGAGCUGGAGCUGACCGUGAGUGAACUGGGUCUCGGCUAUGAGAGCGACGAGACAGUGAUGCUGCGCUACUGCAGCGGCAAAUGCACGGCCCACCGGCAAAACUACGACAUCACCAUGGAGCACAUGAUGCGGACUGGCUUCAGGAAGAAGGGUCGCAAAGACAAAGUAAGCAACAGGCCCUGCUGCCGACCCAUCGCUUUCGAAAAGGACUUUUCCUUCCUGGACAACAAGAGCCGCUAUCACACGAUACAAAAUGUCUCGGCGAAGAACUGUGGGUGUGUAUGACCCAGAGAAAUGGACUUCUUCAUGCUGCAUCUCUGCCUCUGUUGGAAGAGUUGAACAUGAACGCUGUUGAAAGACAAACUAUGGAAUAUAAACUCAAGAAAGAGAGGAAAAAGAUGGGGAUAUGUUUCAGGCUGCUCCACAGCGGCCUUUUUGUGACAGGCUGGCUUGACUUAUUUUGGUCGUCUGUCAAUGCAAAUUGGAGGCGAAUCACAUGGAAGCGCUGUGUUUAUGCGGGUUCCAUGUCACAGAAAAUGACUGUGCAUAAGAAAAACGUUUUUGUUAUCUUUUCUAUCUGUCUAGUAACACUGUAAACUGUGGUGCAACAACAAUGUAGCAACGUUAUGUUUGUGAUAUGACAUUUGAGUAGCAGUAGGCUACAUGUGAUAGAUGAGCCGUGAGGGACGCUUUCACUUCAGGAAGUCCAACUCUUGUAGUUUACAUUAAUGGUGACAGUAUAUCACCUUCCAGGCAAAAGGAAAAUUGUUUAAAAACAAAUUUCAAAGCCAUAAAUAAAACGAAAUACAUUAAAUGAAUCUAUGUUUACUUUAGGUUCUGCCAGACUAUUGGACCAUUGACAUAAUGUGAUGUUUAGUGAUCAGCUGUCUCCAGAAGGUAUGUUGACUUAAAGGUGUGUUAAGUUGUUGUUGUUGUCAGGGGUCAUGACCCUGUGACCUGUGUCCGUGCUUGUAUUGCUGUUACUGAUUGCAGUGUUAUUACACAGGUAAGAGAGUACGUGUCAUUGAUAAGAAUUUGACGAGGAAAGAAAGUCCUUUUCUAUAGCUCCAGGUUUGAAACCCACUUUUAAUUAUUGUGUAUACUGAUGUUGUGUUGAAUAACAAUGAGGGCCUGUUUCAAAACACAUAAAGACUCUCACUUAAGUAAUAGAACAUGAAAAUGGAUCCCAUCUGCUGUGCAAACAAUAACUUAUCACAUGCAAAGAAAUUGUCAUUUUGAGUCUUUUUAUACUUUCCCCAAAUAACCCAUUAUUGUAAUUACCCAUAAUCCUCUGGAAUUAUGUUCCUUAAAGAUAUGCCAAAACACACCGAGUCAAUUCAACACGCAUGACGAAUUCUCAAACUUUUCAUAAACAUCUUACUGUCUCGAGUUCCAGGUGAUAUAACCUCUUUGAUACUGUCUCUGGGUGUAAUUUAUGAACGUUUACACUUUUAGCUAAUCUGAGGCUCAUGUGUGAAGGAGAAAAAUGGUUUUAGUGAUGUGUAGUGGCAUGUUUUUUUCUUGCUGGCAGAAAACUAUGACGUAGAGUCUAGAUCUGGAAAUGUGUUUGCACCCAUCUGUAAAACCUACGAUCAAAAGCCCGCAGUACAGCCUUCUAUUGGCCCGUCAGAUGCCUCCUUGUUGAUUUGCCUGGUAGAGUUUUAGUUGAAAAUAAGCUGUUUAAGUGAAUUAUGAAGCAAGUUUUUCCACCAUUGACAAUCUUUAUUUGGUUGGACCCGUUGAAACUGUUUACCUGAAGUACAAUAAAUUAUGUUUUUGUUUUGUUUUUCCUGAGGAGGUGCAGUGUGGGGCGUGGAUGCGGUGCAUCUUUAUUGUAGUUUAUAUUGUAUUUAUUUGGGAAGUAAAUUAUGGUCUUGCAUAUUUAUUUAGAUUACCACAUAGAAACGGGACAGCUUAUUAUCAUUAAGCAACUGUGCCAAAAAAUGUUUUAUCUAACAUUCUAUAUUGACUGCUGAAUAAACAUAAUUUCAGAGGUACGGAUGUUCAUCAUUUCUUCUAAACUAUCAAUCUUUGGGCGUCAAAUAUU